AUGGCCUCUUACACAGUACCGUUCUUCCUGAACGGCAAGGAACAAACCACCGAGCAGACUUUCGAAGUCCGCGCUCCCGCCACUGGAGAUGUUCUUCACGCUUGUGCUAGCGCCAGCGCUCAAGAUGUCACCGCCGCUGUUGACAGUGCCGCCGAGGCUUUCAAGACGUGGAAGAAGAUGACGUCCUCCCGCCGUCGCGACAUCUUUCUCAAGACUGCCGAGAUCAUGGAGCGUCGCAAGGACGAGCUGGCCAAGACCAUGAUCGAAGAGACUGGCGCCACGCCCGACUGGGCCGGCUUCAAUUUGACCGUUUCCAUUGACCUGCUGAGAGAUGUGGCUGGUCGCAUCUCUUCUAUCGAGGGCACCUUUCCCUCCACCGUGGAUGAGAAUCUCGGUGCCCUUAUCCUGAAGGAGCCCUUUGGCGUUGUUCUAGCGAUCGCGCCUUGCUACUCGCGCCGUCGCCUUCCCCUUGGCCGCCGGCAACACCGUCAUCCUCAAGGGCUCCGAGCUCUCCCCAAGACUCACUGGGGCGUGGCCUCUUGCUUCCACGAGGCUGGUCUGCCCGCCGGUGUAUUCAACACCCUCAUGCACGAGCCCGCCAACGCCGCUAGCGUCACCGCCCAGCUCAUCGAACAUCCCGAAAUCAGGAAGAUCAACUUUACCGGCAGUACCGCGGUUGGCCGAAUCAUCGCCAAGCUUUCCGGACAACACCUCAAGCCUGUGCUCCUCGAGCUCGGUGGCAAGGCCCCCGCCAUUGUCUGGGAGGAUGCGGAUCUCGACCAGGCCGCCCACGCCUGCGUCCUCGGCGCCUUUUUCCAUGCCGGCCAGAUCUGCAUGAGCACCGAGCGCAUCAUCGUCCACAAGAACAUCGUAGCUGAGUUCGAGAAGAAGCUCAUCGCCGCUACCGAGACCAUUUUCCCCUCCAGUGGCAACGCCCCCAUUCUCAUCACCGAUGUCGGCGUGGGGAAGAACAAGACGCUCGUAGAGGAUGCCCUCUCCAAGGGCGCCUCCCUCCUCGUCGGCAGCCUCGAUUCGGCGGGCACCCCAGUCAAGACUAGCAUGCGCCCCAUCAUCAUCAAGGGCGUCACUCCCGCUAUGGAUAUCUAUCAGACCGAGUCUUUCGGCCCCACCGUUUCCCUCAUCGAAGUCGACAACGAAGAGGACGCAAUUCGCAUCGCCAACGAUACCGAGUACGGCCUGACCUCGUCUGUAUUUACGGAAAAUCUGCGCCUCGGCCUGCGCUUCGCCCGCGAGAUUGAGACUGGUGCGGUACACAUCAAUGGAAUGACGGUGCACGACGAGCCCACCCUGCCGCACGGCGGAACCAAGGCUAGUGGGUUCGGAAGGUUCAACGCUUCGACUGGCUUAAACGAGUGGUUGAAGACGAAGAAUGUGACGUUUAAGUAUUGA